AUGCAAUCUGAGCAAUUUAAUACAAUAAAAUUAAAUGAUUUUCAAUGGUUAAAUGAACCAAGUAACUGGAAUUUAUGUGACAAUGUGCUUAAAGUAUCGACAGACAACAAAACAGAUUUCUGGCAAGAAACAUGGUAUAAAUUUCAUUUUAAUACCGGACAUUUGUAUGGCAUUGACAUUAAAGAUGAUUUCACAUUUCAGGCCUGCAUAGAAGCAGAUUUUUCACAAUUAUAUGAUCAAGCCGGUCUUAUGAUAUAUCUGGAUGAGAAACAUUGGCUUAAAACUGGAAUGGAAUAUAAUGAUGGCCAGCCAAUGAUUGGCAGUGUGUUAACAAAUGAAGUAUCUGAUUGGGCGACUGAGUUCAACAACUCCCGUGGCGGCGGAGGUGGUGGUGGUUUCAGAGGCCGAGGGGGUGGAGGGGGCCGUGGAGGCUUCGGAGGCCGCGGCGGGGGAGGUGGAAGAGGAGGCUUCGGAGGAGGCGGGGGCAAGUUUGAAAAGAGAGGGGGUGGAGGCGGCAGGGGAUUUGGAGGCAGAGGAGGUGGAGGAGGUCGGGGUGGACGAGGUGGGCCUCCCAGACGUGGAGGCUUUCAAGGAGGCAAACAAGUUUUUGUUGAACCUCACAGACACAAUGGAGUGUUUGUCGCCAGAGGCAAAGAAGAUGCACUAGUUACAAAGAAUUUAGUCCCUGGAUCAGAAGUAUAUGGAGAAAAAAGAAUAUCAGUGGAGGAAAAUGGUGAAAAAAUUGAAUACAGAGUAUGGAAUCCCUUCAGAUCAAAGUUAGCUGCUGCCAUAAUGGGUGGAGUAGAUGGAAUACACAUUAUGCCAGGGAAACGCGUGCUAUAUUUGGGAGCAGCAAGUGGUACCACAGUUAGUCAUGUGUCUGAUAUUGUUGGACCGGAAGGCUUAGUAUAUGCAGUAGAGUUCUCACACAGGUCGGGAAGAGAUCUAAUCAAUGUAGCCAAAAAGAGGACAAAUAUUAUUCCAAUAAUAGAAGAUGCCAGACAUCCACUCAAAUAUAGAAUGCUAGUUGGCAUGGUUGAUGUCAUAUUUGCUGAUGUGGCACAGCCUGACCAGGCCAGAAUUGUUAGUCUCAACGCUCAACAUUUUUUGAAAAAUGGUGGACAUUUUGUUAUUUCUAUUAAGGCUUCCUGUAUAGAUUCAACGGCGCAACCGGAAGCAGUAUUCGCGGCGGAAGUCAAACGACUCACAGCUGAAAAGUUAAAACCUCAAGAGCAACUUACGCUAGAACCGUACGAAAGAGACCACGCUGUCGUCACUGGAAUAUUUAGACCACCGCCGAAAGCAAAAUAA